UCUCUUACUGGAGAACUUAUCCGCGUGAGCUCCCACCAUCGGCGUCGGCGGGCCGGCUCUUUACCAGGUGUCUCUUUUGUCCGAAACCCCCUCUCUUCCCAUCAUCCUUAGCACAUUGGGAAUGUCAACCGCUGAACUAGUAAGCCCAAAGAAGUCGACCGGUUCAUCUCAAGGAAAGCCUCGUUCUCCGUCGUUCAAAAACAAGAACUGCUUCUCGGCUAGGUUGGCGGCCGCAAAAGCCUUGUCUUUGCAGCAAAUGACGAAGGACGCGGCUCGGGUGCAGAUUCGGAAAUUCUUCAAGCAGGACGUGCCAUUACUGUUUUGCGAUGCAGUGGGCCUGGAGAAUGGGGAGAGUGCCUACGAUACCAACGCAGUUGCUGAGUUGCUCCUUCAGUAUGGAAUUCGCAAACAGUGCUCUUCAGGUUCAGCAACACUGGAGAGCGCAAGACUGAAGCGACGCGUUGCGAAGGUAGAUUUGCCCGAAGAGCUGUACGGAUGGGUCCACUAUAGGCGACCGCUUGAGAAGGAAGAGUCGGAGGAAAGGGAAAGCAGCGGAAAGUCCAAGAAGCGACGGAAAUCGAGUUCGUCUAUGAAAUUCAAGAAGAAGCUUUCCUUGGACCCCGGACGGAAGCGUCGAAAGACGUACCCUGUUGAAGAAGUGGUUUCGCCUUCGCCGCCUCCAGUGCCUCCGAAACCACCAGGGAAGUACGCACGCGAGGCCGAAGAGCGAUGGACGAAACUUGCUGAGGUGCAGGAACUUUACGCGAAAAAAGCCUAUCUUGCUGCUGGUUUCUACUCCAGCGCGUUCAAGAGGGGCGUUAUCGCUGGAGUUGAUGUAGAAAACGAGUCUCCUUCUCGGAAUUCCGGGCGACACCGCAAGGUCUCUAAGCAAGCAAAACCCCCAGCGGCAAAAGGCAGCACAUCACACCGUUCAGCAUUCCCUCUACCUAUGUACCACGGACUAAAGAUGAUGGAUGAAGGAGACGACUUUGAACUUCCUUACGACAUUCACAAAUUCAUCGAAGCCUCAGGCGGCGUCGAGGAGUGCCUCAACAAACAUCGCGCUUCCCUACCUACACCUCCACCCGCAAAGCUCCCAUCCCCGUUUGUCCGGAUACCCCGGAAUAUCUUUGUCGAACGCAAACCCUACAAGCCAAAGGAAUGGGAGAUCCCCAUCUGCCGUUGUGAUGUUCCGGCCGACGGAGGGCCGGCCUGUACCGACAACUGCCUCAACUGGUGCACGAUGAUCGAAUGCCACCCCAAAUACUGUCCAGCGGGAGACAACUGCAUGAACCAGCAAUUCCGCAACCAAGAUACCUCGGCUUUACCCUCUUAUCUCGACCUGUUUUGGACCAACGGCCGUGGAUACGGUCUCAAGGUGAAAACGAAAAUCCCGCGGAACCAGAUGGUCAUUGAGUAUCGAGGCGAGAUCAUCUCCGACGAGACGUGCAUCGAACGGAUGCAGACGAUAUAUAAGGGAUAUGAGAACCAUUAUUUCCUGAAUUACGGCAAAGGAGAGGUUAUCGACGCUUGCCGGAAGGGCACGGAGGCUCGUUUUGUCAAUCAUAGCUGCGAGCCGAACUGUCGUAUUGAGAAAUGGGAGGUGGAUGGCGAAUGCCGUGUUGGCAUAUUCUCGAACCGCGAGAUCGAGGAAGGGCAGGAGUUGACUUACGAUUAUCGAUUUGAGUCUUAUGGCCCUAUGCAAAAAUGUCUAUGCGGGGCGAGCAAGUGUAGAGGAUUCAUUGGGGUCAACAAGAAGGAAGCGAAGGAUGCUGCGAAGAAAGCUGCAGAGGAGGCGAAUCAAACGGGCACCCCAGACAAAGGGAAGAGCGGGAAGAAAAAACCCAAAGCCAAACGACUUCCGCUUCCGAGGAUGGAGUCGGUCUCUUCAGCCGAAGGAUCCGUAAUGUGCGAGGACAUCACCGACCCAGCAUCAACAAUUCUUACACCGAGGACUUCCCAGAAGAAAAAGCUCCCCGUAAAGAAACCCAACGCCGAACGCGAUUUCUGGCUCCGCAAACACCGCCGCGAGCACCUGAUCACCGCCUACCGCAAUGUUAUGAUCAAGCAUUACGCCCAGUACGCGCACCUCCGCAUCUUCUCCCUACGCGCAUUCCGGUGCGGUUGCGGAGGGGAAGACGCGGUCGGGACGCAUUGUGGAGGUGGAUGAGGAUGGGGAAGGGAGCUCGAUGCGGUCGUCACCCGCGGUUACUGCGGCGUCGUCGCCGAGUAGGUUCGGGGAACAGAGGAUGAGCAGGAAGCAGAUUGUGGCGCGUCGGACGCGGUCGUUGGAUGAGAUAAUCCGGGAUCUGAGGAUUGU